AACCCGGCUGCGCGAGGCACGUGUCAUAUAUAAAAGCGGAAGGCGGUCCACUGGUUGGCGCACUCGGACCCAAGAAGCAUCAGCCUUGAGUUAACUCAGUCUCCCCCAAGAAACAGCAAGCAUGUCAGACCUCUGUGUUGGAAUCAAUGGCUUCGGCCGUAUUGGACGUCUUGUGUUGAGGGCCUGCCUUCAGAAAGGCAUCAAGGUUGUGGCCAUCAACGACCCCUUCAUUGACCUGCAGUACAUGGUCUACAUGUUCAAAUAUGACUCAACCCACGGCCGUUACAGCGGUGAAGUAUCCCAGGGGGAUGGCAAGCUCAUCGUCGAUGGCAACCCCAUCUCUGUCUUCCAGUGUAUGAAGCCAGCUGAUAUCCCCUGGGGAAAGUCUGGUGCGAAAUACGUUGUGGAGUCCACCGGAGUCUUCCUCAGUGUGGAGAAAGCUUCUUCUCACAUCAGUGGUGGAGCUCAACGUGUGGUUGUGUCAGCACCCUCACCCGAUGCCCCAAUGUUUGUCAUGGGCGUUAAUGAGGACAAAUAUGAUCCAUCCUCCAUGAAGAUUGUUAGCAAUGCCUCCUGCACCACCAACUGCCUGGCCCCUCUGGCCAAAGUCAUCAAUGAUAAUUUUGGUAUUGAGGAGGCCCUUAUGACCACAGUCCACGCUUACACAGCCACCCAGAAGACAGUGGAUGGUCCUAGCGGCAAGGCCUGGCGUGAUGGCCGUGGGGCCCACCAGAACAUCAUUCCAGCAUCCACCGGGGCCGCCAAGGCUGUGGGCAAAGUUAUUCCUGCGCUUAAUGGUAAGCUGACAGGCAUGGCCUUCAGGGUGCCUGUCGCUGAUGUGUCUGUGGUAGAUCUGACGUGCCGCUUGUCCAAGUCUGCGUCUUACUCUCAGAUUAAGGAAGCUGUCAAGAAGGCCGCUCAUGGGCCCAUGAAGGGAAUACUUGGUUACACUGAGGAUCAGGUGGUGUCCUCUGACUUCAUUGGUGACCGCCACUCUUCUAUCUUUGAUGCUGGUGCUGGUAUUUCCCUCAAUGACAACUUUGUCAAGCUCAUUUCCUGGUAUGAUAAUGAGUUCGGCUACAGUCACCGUGUUGCUGACCUGCUGCUGUACAUGCACUCCCAAGAGUAGACACUUCCUGUCCUCAAAGGAAAUCUGAAAAGGGACCACCCCACCCAUGCUUUCAUCCUGUUCUUUCUGUUUUACACACAGGCCCCAGCCAUAGCACUGUCAUAGGUCCACAGCCCCUUAGCUCUACUACUGUGCAAGUAGGCAGCAGAAACUGUGUUAAGUGUUCUGAGUUAAUCUUGUCUUUUCUUUUAACAAUGAGAUGAUUGGUUGUUGGCUGUAUUUGUGUCCGUGUGCCCCUGCCCUCUUCACCUCCCAUUGCCACUGUAGUUGUGUCGUUUUGGCUCAGUAAUAUGGUCAACUGCUGUACCCAUCUCCAUGUUGGUGUGUUUCAAUGGCAUAUUCACCAGUGGAAAGAGGAACAGGAGAGGCAGAGUGACUGUAACUCCUAAAGAUUAAUGAAACCGAAUGAUAAUAAACAGAACGAGAAAACCUUCAA